AUGGCUAAUUUAUCUUCACAGCAAAACUCAGAUGACAAUCGAAAAGCGAAACCAAUAACAUUUGAGCUUGGAGCACCAAUACAUAUAUCAUGGACUGCACCCCAAAAUCACACACGUAGAGAUUGGAUUGGAAUAUAUAAGGUCACUUCCAAUUUAUCUAAAGAAGUCACAAAUGUUUCAAGUAGAGGACGAUUUGUUUACGUAUCACCUGAGGAAGGGGAAGAAUCAAACCCCCAUUCAGAAAAUGAUAAUGAUAAUAAACUUGUUGAUAGUGGCGAAGCGUGGUUUAAAGGUGACCUUUUACCAUGGGAAGUAGGUACCUAUGAAUUUAGGUAUCAUCAUGAUGACAGAUACGAUGUUAUGACUAUUUCUCAACCGUUUGAAAUUGCAGCAAUUGCACAAAAAUCAGAUGAUCUUCAUGUCAUUGAACAAUCGGUUCUCACAUUAGUACAAAGAGUCCUUGAGUCUGAUAGUACACAUACUACAAACAAUGAUUAUUCUGAUAGUAAAAUUCCAAAUACUACAAGUGAUGACUACAUACUCAUGAAAGAAGUCCAUGCUAAACACAUUGUAUAUGGAAUUAAGAUGAUGUUUGGUGUAGAUUUUGCAUGGGAAGUUGUUAGUGUUGAUGGAAAUGUUGGAAGAUUGGCACAACGG